AUGCCGAUCAACUUCUUACAGUCUGUUCCAAAGGUCUGCAUUACUGAGUACAAGAACUUCACCAAGGUCAAUCUGCCACCGAUUGGAACAUCAGCCAACAUCUUUGCUUGGAUUUGCUGGAGCCCGUGGAUCAACAGAAACCAAUUCACCUUUGAGAGCAAACAAACCGCACCCCGAGAUAUCCUCUCCAAAGCUAUUGCACUUCUAAAAGAAUGGGAAUAUGCCCAACCUCCACUCGCUCAAGCAGCAAACAUCCCCCCACCGCAAAUCCCGGUCCUGAUCUCAUCAUCUGCCUCCAUCGUCUGCUACUCCGAUGCAGCUUGGAAUAAGGAUUCGGGAGAGGCGGGGUUAGCUUGGAUCUUCACAAAACACACAGGAGAGGAAAUCAGCAGAGGAUGUCGUCAUCACUAUCACGUUUCGUCAGCGCUCACGGCGGAGGCUCUCGCGGCUCGAGCCGCCUUGGACCACACUCUCUCCCUCAACUUCACUAUCAUCUGGCUCAGAUCAGACUAUAAAAGGCUUAUUCAAGCCAUCACCACGAAUCAACGAUCGGUGGAACUCUCUGGGGUGCUAGCUAACAUUGAAUCGUCCAUUCUUCUUUCAUUGCUUUUCACGCAUCGUUUAUUUCCAGAGGUUUUAAUAGGCUUGCAGAUAACUUAG